AUGUUUCCUAGUAAGUCCAAUUUUUAAAAAAUAUGUUUUUUAUUUAGUGUUAAACAAAAUCGAAUACAAGAACAGAAAAUUGUUUCUUGAUGCGUUAUCAGAUACCAGUAGGCCAUUAAUAACCGUCGCAAACCAUCGUUGCAAUAUUGAUGAUCCUUUGCUGUGGAGUAAGUCGGUUUAACUAACAUAAAAAAACGUAUAUAUAAUAGUUUUGAUGGCUUAACAGUUCUAGCUAGCUAUGUAUUCAUAGCUUUUUAAAAAUAUUUACGGUUGUUUUAUAGUUUUUUUUAUUUCAGCUGCAUUAACUCCUUCUGAGUUCUUCAAGCAUAUUGACAGAUGGAGAUAUAUUUUAGCAGCUCAUAACAUUUGUUUCACUAAGCAAUGGCAUACAACGUAAGAUCUUACCCAGAGCAUUUUAUAUUACUGUAGUAUGUUCUCUUUAGGACGAUGUGUGCCUUGCGUACGUGGAGCUGGGGUUUUUCAAGCUGGUGUUGAUGAAUGCAUUGAUCAAAUGAAUAACAACGCUUGGAUUCAUGUUUUUCCUGAAGGUAGAGUAACUCAAACACCUAUUAGGAUUAAAUGGGGCAUAGGGCGUAUGAUCGAAGAACCCAAAGUAGCUCCCAUUUUGUUGCCUAUGUGGGUAGAUGGAAUGUCAAAUGUUUGGCCGACCAGUCGACCUUAUUAUCCUAAGUAUGGUAAUGUAAGUCUUAUUACUGAUUGACGUUUUAAAUGUGUUUUUGAUAUUAUUUUUAACUAAGCUAGCUAAUUUUUGCGUAAUGAUCUUCUGUUACUACUUAUAAAAGACGCUGUUUUCAGAAGGUAACUGUUACUGUUGGAGAACCGAUUGACACAACAACAAUAAGAGAAGAACAUAAACAUAAGGAUGAACUUUUUCGGCGGAAGGCGAUUGCCGAUUAUGUACAAGAUAAGCUUUUCUCGUUAGGUGGUGUUACUCCGCACCCACGACCAAUUGCACGAUCAGAUGAUGAACCUAUGUCUGCAACGUAG